AUGGCUAUGUUAGAGAGAUCUCCACCUCCCAGUUCAGCUAUGCCUGAAGUAUAUAAUGAGUCAUUGUGUAUGGUUUGUAAUAAGAACAUGUCCGAUGGGCAAGAAUGUCUCAUUAUGUCGGAAUGUAAUCAUUCUUUUCAUAGAAUUUGUAUCGAGAAAUAUCUCUCUCAUUCCACAGAAUGUCCUUGCUGUAAAAGGCCCUGUGCUUUGUCUGAAUUAAAGGCAGUUAGUUUUUCAGAAAAUUCUCAACCGAUAGAAAAAUCGAAAGUAUUUACUCCUAAAACGCGAGGAGUUGUGGCCAAACACUACAACACUAGAAAGAAUGCAAAGACUUUGUUUAAUGAGCCACAAACGCCGAGCGUUGAAUUUAGAUCAGAAAUCUCCACAGCCAGGCCAAACAAUACACCGCAGAUCACUCGCCUUAUAUCCAUGAGUGAUAAUAAAGCCCAAAAUAAUCCUCUUAUAGCAAAUAAGGAAACCAAUUCCCAAAAUAAUUCCAUUACUAUAGAUCCUUCUCAAUUAACAAGUUUAAUUGAGAAUACUGUUACCUGUUUAUUACAGAAUCUGAACAUUGCUCAGCCUUCUCAAAAUCUCAUGGAUAACAGAAAUUUCCCACCCUCACACGCUAGACAGCCUUUAGAUCUUCCUAAUUCUACAAAUUAUACUCAUAACCGUUAUAGAAAUUCAAACAUUCGCCAAUUUUCCCAUAAUUCUGUUUCAUUUGACGAAAACUUUGCCAUUCGUUUCAGAUAA